UGGCGGACACGCACAGUCCCUAACAGGGCUGGCUAUUUUGACAAGAGUGAAGCGGCUGAUAAAUAUAGUGACUUUUUUGUUCACAAAGAAGAGUCACUUCUUGAGGGGACAAUCCUUUCUGUCCACAAAACGUCAGUUAGAGUGAAAUUCCUAAUUGAUGAAUCAGUAUCAACCAUCAAGUUUGAACACAUUGUGGCAAUAACAGAUCAAGAAUUUGAAAAAGGUCGAAAAAGAAAAAGAAACGAGGAAGACUGGGAGAAGAACAGGAAAAAGCAGAAGAGAAACUUUGGCCAAUCUUACAGCCCAUACAUAUCCUACACGAAUAGGAAAUCAAAUACACAAGCACGGUCUAUUGGUGAGCCCUGUCAUAACUGGAGGCUGAAUUGUAGUAACAAAAUAUCAGUGGAUCGGAGGAAAAACUUCUUUUGUUCCUAUUGGAAUCUGGGUAACCUUGAUAAACAGAGGCAAUUCCUUUUGAAUUCCAUUGUUAUUGAGGCUCCAUCUCGACACAGACCAAGGAAAGAAGUAGGUGAAAAUAGAAGCAAUUCCAUAAAGUACUUUUUGAACGUGCAACAAGUAUGUCAGCCAAUGUUUUUGGAAACAUUUGGUGCAUCUCGCAAAACUGUACGUACUGCUAUUUUUUUAAAAAAAGAUGGUAAUCUUGUCUCAGAAGACAGAAGGGAAAAGGGCAAUCUCGUGUGAAAUAUAAUGAUGAUUCCCUUGAUGCUGUAAAGCGACACAUAAUAAUAAGUCUUGGUAGCUAUAAAGUUUUGUUUUAUCUUCGUUUUUUAAAAAUACAGUUGUCUACUCGUUAAAAUCUCACAUCUGCUCUCUCGCUGGACACACAUACUCACCUAUUUUACAAAAACAAAAACAAAUAUGGUAGACCAAGCUACCACAAAGGCGCACAUCGACAACCCAGUUCAGACCACCGACUUAUAACAUUAUCUUGUAGCCAACAUAACCAAAUGUCAACAAUCAAUAAAUCAAUGUAUAAUAAUAUAACAAUUCUUCUUUAAUGCAAACAACGAGAAUGUUUUAUUAAUAUGUACA